CCGGCUCACAAAAUCUGCAAUUGCCAUUCUUCAACCAAGAGACACCUUUGGAAUUACAGAGAUCCUUUCAAGCGUACACCAUGACAACCAUGGACUACAAGUUCGAAGGGUGGGUUGGCCUUGACCCAAGCGCCGCGGAUGGCAAGAUGGAGUGGCGGCCAUUCGAACCCAAACCCUGGGAAGAGACAGAUGUCGACGUCAAGGUCACACAUUCCAGUAUUUGCGGCACCGACUUACAUACCCUACGGGGCGACUGGGGUCCAACCGACUAUCCUAUCUGUGUCGGACACGAGAUAGUUGGAAUCGCCGUGAGGGUGGGUUCAAAGGCCGAGGGAAAUAUCAAGGUCGGCAACCGUGUUGGUGUCGGUGCACAGGGGGACUCAUGUCUCAGCCGAGACGGCGACUGUCAGCCAUGCGCGGAAGGACUCGAGAACUACUGCCCCGGCGCUAUUUAUACAUAUGCCGGAGUACAUCGUAACGGCGGGAAGGCCAUGGGAGGACACGCCUUGUAUCAUCGUGCCCCGUCUCAUUUUGUGGUGAAGAUCCCGGAGGGCCUGGACUCCUCGGCGGCCGCACCUAUGCUUUGUGCCGGAAUCACGACGUUCUCACCUUUGCAGCAACACGGCGCCGGACCAGGCAAGAAGGUCGGGGUCAUUGGGCUUGGCGGACUAGGGCACUUUGCCGUGCUCUGGGCGAAGGCGCUAGACGUGGACAAGCUCGUGGUGAUUUCACGAAAAGGGGAAAAGAGGCACGACGCCUUGAGGAUGGGUGCUGAUGUCUAUAUCGCCACGGAUGACGAGUCACACUGGGCUAUGAACAAUCAAGCGUCAUUAGACUUGAUCAUCUCGACGGUUUCAUCAACGAAGAUGCCAUUCGCCGAGUAUUUGUCUCUCUUGCGCUUGGGUGGUACCUUUGUCCAGCUUGGCGCCCCUGAUGGGCCUUUGCCUC